AUGAGUUUGGCACGGAUUCAUGAUAAAUACAGAUUAAGAAAAUUCUGGGAGCAGAAAAUUGCGAAUCACGGCCAGAUGGUUGGGAAUGAAGAAAUAAGAAUGAAGAGAAGUGCUUUGUCUAAACUGCGGGAGGAGUGGAUCCAGAGACUGGAGAUUCAGACCAGGCACCUGAAGGCCAUUAACGAGGAGCAUGAAGAGGGCUAAAAUGGCCCAGCUGACGUUUCCAAUCCAGGCUGAGCCUCCGCAGCAGCUGAUUCACACUGGUGCCAAUUAGAGCUCUUUCUCUUUGCAUUCCAAUUUCCUUGGUAGCCCCCAAUUAAGGCCAUUAUUUGACUUUAGUCAGAAAUAAAACUUUUGUGGCAGAGCAUACUUGAUGUUGUUCGCACCAUCUUUAACUGACCUCUGGACGACUGGUAUUUUUACAUUCAUUUUAAACUGAUAUUAAUUAUUCAAUUAGGAAACUGAACAUUCACAGUGAUAUACAAUAACCAUUCUGCUUGACUGUGAAUACCGUGCCUCAGUUGUUUAAUGCAAAAUGUAUUGGUCUUAGCUGGUCUUGUUAGAAUCUACAUGUAAGCAUAAAGAGUAUGGAAGGUGGCAGCAUGGCAUAGACGGCUCAGGAAUUGAUUCAUGUCAUAUCCCCGAAUACUUUUUAUCAGUUUUCAUAUCAGACUGUAUAAAUGUAUAACAUUAAGUAAUGUAUGUUAAUCUGGAUCGGGGAAUUUUGUCAGGUAAAGUAAUAAUGAAUAAAUCAGCAUUAAACCCAGAAACAUGAAAACUGACUAGAACAGCUCAAGCAUGGUAAUUCACAAGCACAAAGUGUGCCUUGCUACUGUAGCAGUAACAUUUUCCCAAACCCAUGCUGAUCAGGAAAGAGUCAUUAUCAAUUCCAAGUGAAGGAGGAUUCCAUUUUAUACA